UGCUGAACAAAAUCCUUUCACGGAUUAAUUUAGGUGGGAGAUGGAGCAUACAUUGAGAAAGAUGGCAGUAUAUGUGUGUAUACCACGUGCAACUGCAAAACUCAGGUUAAGAAAGUCCUUUAUUUAAUUCUAAACCAUUGAUUAAGAAAGUCCUAGUCCUAGUCCUGGUCCUUCACUUCUGUUCUGCCAAAGUGAGAGAGAAGAAUCAAACAAAGGACAAUAACUUAUUGAAUGUCAUCAGCGGCGAGUCAGGAGAAGGGACUAGUCCAAGUAGGGACAAAGAUCGUCGCCGUCGGAAGAAACUAUGCUGCUCAUGCUAAAGAACUCGGCAACGCCCUACCUAAGGAGCCUAUGCUGUUUCUGAAACCGACAUCGUCUUACUUGGAAGCAGGAGGCACUAUAGAGAUUCCUCACCCCCUAGAGUGGUUGGAUCAUGAGGUGGAGCUAGCCGUAGUCAUCGGUAAGAAAGCUCGUGAUGUUCCUGAGGCCUCUGCCAUGGAUUAUGUUGCAGGCUAUGCACUUGCGCUGGAUAUGACUGCCAGGCAAAUUCAAGCUCCAGCAAAGGCUGCAGGUCUUCCAUGGGAUAUAGCAAAAGGGCAGGAUACCUUCACUCCAAUCAGUUCUGUUUUGCCAAAAGCAUCAGUACCAGACCCUGACAAUUUAGAACUAUGGUUAAAGGUAGAUGGUGAAGUGAGGCAAAAAGGGUCGACCAAAGAUAUGAUAUUUAAGAUCCCAUUUCUCAUUAGCCAUAUUAGUUCUUUCAUGACACUUUUUGAAGGAGAUGUCAUACUCACAGGCACUCCUGAAGGUGUUGGUCCUGUAAAAGCAGGUCAAAAAAUAACUGCCGGAAUAACGAACCUUCUUGAUGUUGACUUCAAUAUUGAGAAAAGGAAGAGGCCACAAUGGGUUUAAUUACCAUCUUCAUAAAAUGGCAAAUUAUAUGCUACUUUCUUUUCAUUUUGAACAGUGUCUGUUAUCAAAAGACAUUUGUUUUGCUAAGGCACACUAUUGGAUAUGACUUGCUAGAUUUGUGAGACCCUGCAAUGUAAUGUAAUGUAAGGAAUCCUCAUUACAAUAUUCGAAUAAUCAACCAUUGGGGAUAGAAAUGGUUGGAUAUUUUUAUUUCUAUGAAUUGUACUUUGUUGAAUAGUAAUAAAGUUUAUUCUGUCAAAAAAAAAGCCAUUGAAUUGAAA